GUCCAGAGUAGGCUUCAACAAGCUCUACGCUGCAAGGCAGGACAAGCCCAUUUGCUGGCUGUCUGUCAGAGCCGUGGAGAGGGCGCAGACGCAGCGAACAAAAUUCGCCCUGUUCUGUGGGGAGAUCAUGCAGGCUGUGUGAGAAGGAGGGCAGAGACUUUUGAGAGGAAACGGACACGCUGCCGGCCGGUAGAACGCGCGCACUGUAAUCCGCAGCGGGUCGCUGGGUUGAACUCUCUUGUGCUGGAACAGUUGAGGGCUUGUUGUCGCUCUCUGCCCAGGGGAGAAGCAGAUUUAAUGAAAUUCAGCAGCUGGCUGGGCACACGCUUACUUCAGUGAGCUGUUGGGGAUUAGAUGCAUUUGACUCGACGAUGCGGAGCGAUCCUAUUCUGUUCGCUUCCAGGGCCAUGGAGGAGCUGGUGUCGGAGCUGCGGCUCUUCCUGGACCUGCUGGACAGGGAAUACCUGAGCGCAGGUGUGCGAGAGAAGAAGCUGCUUAUCUCCAACAUCCUGCACAGGGUCCUGGCAGCCAAAGAGCCCUCGUUCAAGACAGAGAUCCAGAGCAGCGUGCCUGCCCCCCCUCAGAUGCCAUUGCCCGAAAUCCCUCAUCCCUGGCUGCCUCCGGAUAACGGACCACCCCCCUUGCCCAGCUCCUCCCUCCCGGAAGGAUACUAUGAGGAGGCGGUCCCUCUAAGCCCAGGGAAAGCCCCCGAAUACAUCACAUCCCAUUACGACUCGGAUAACAUGAGCAGCUCGUACGAGUCGUACGAUGAGGAAGAGGAGGACGGGAAGGGGCAGAAGAUGAGGCACCAGUGGCCGUCCGAGGAGGCCUCCAUGGACCUGGUGAAGGACGCUCGCAUCUGCGCCUUCCUGCUGCGCAAGAAACGCUUCGGCCAGUGGACCAAGCUGCUGUGUGUCAUCAAGGACAACAAACUGCUGUGCUACAAGACGUCGAAGGACCAGACACCACAGAUGGAGCUGGUGCUGUCAGGCUGCAGCAUCACGCACGUACCCAAAGACGGCAAGAAGAAGAAGCACGAGCUGAAGAUCGUCCACCAGGGGGCAGACGCGCUGGUACUGGCCGUGCAGAGCAAGGAGCAGGCCGAGGAGUGGCUGAAGGUGAUGAAGGAAGUGUGCAGUAACAGCAACGGGACAGUCGACACAGACGGGGUGGGCUCCAGUUCCCCGGUCCACAAAUCCGAGCUGGAAAAGAAACUGUCCUACGAUAGGCCGAGUUCGGACGGAGAGCUGAACCCUGAGAAUGGAGUUACUGACAGUAAAGAGCAAGCUAAAGGGAAGAAGAGCACCAAGUCUGAGCAGAAAGGCACUGUGGGUAAAGUGGCGGGGAAGAAGAUCACCAAGAUCAUUGGCCUGGGAAAGAAGAAGCCGUCCACAGAUGAGCAGACCUCCUCUGCAGAAGAGGACGUACCCACCUGUGGUUACCUCAACGUGCUGUCCAACAACCGCUGGCGGGAGCGCUGGUGCCGUCUGAAGGACAACCAGCUGCUGCUGCACAAGGACCGGGCCGACCUGAAGACCCACAUGGCGUCUCUGCCCCUGCGCGGGUGCGAGGUCAUCCCGGGACUGGACUCCAAGCACCCCUUCGCCUUCCGCCUGCUGCGCAACGGACAGGAAGUGGCGGUGCUGGAGGCCUGCUCUUCGGAGAGCAUGGGGCGUUGGUUGGGAGUGCUCCUGGCGGAGACUGGAUCCACCACAGACCCGGCCGCCCUGCACUACGACUACAUCGAUGUCGAGACCACCGCCAACGUCAUCCAGCUGGCCAAGCAGUCCUUCUGUUUCACAAGCAAGCGCGCAGUGUCUCCGAACCCUUACCUGGACAACCCGGUCAAUGGCUACGCCUGUCCCACCGGAAUGGCACUGCACUACGAUGACGUCCCCUGCAUCAACGGAACGGACCCUGAGGAUGCAUACUCCUCUCCUGCCUCUGGGGGGCGCUGCAGGGAGGAGGGGCUGUAUGAGAACGCCGACCUGUACGAGAACAUGCCGUCCCCCAAGCUCUCAGCCCGCUACCCCGCUAAGCCCAGCGGCGCCGCCUCCGCUGCGAGCCACUACAAAACGCCUGUCUCCUCCAAAGCUGUCCCCUCUUCCGCCUCCUCCUCCUCAGCUGCUGUCACUAACACUGCUUCUCCCGGGCGGGGCGCGGCUACUCAGCUUAAAGGAAAGAAAGCACCAGCCACCAAUGGAAUGGCUGCCAAGCAAAAGGCCGACAAGAACCAGCAGAAAAAGCCGAACGGAACCAAUGGAACCCUGUCAGUCAAACGGAACAAUUCCAAUGCGGAGCAGUACAAAUACGGGAAGAACCGGGUGGAGGCCGACGCCAAGAGGCUGCAGGCCAAGGAGGAGGAGCUGCUGAAGAGGAAGCAGGAGAUCCGCAACCGCCUGACCCAGCUGAAGAAGGAGAGGAGAGACCUGAAGGCUGCCCUGGAGGCCACCACGGUGAAGAGGACCCAGGUGUCUCUGGGGGACAGGCUAAAGAAGGUGGAGGAAGAGUGCAAGGUGAAGGAGGACGAGAGGGUCAACCUGGAGCUGGAGCUGACCGAGGUCAAGGAGAACCUGAAGAAGGCCCUGAACGGUGGGGUUACUCUGGGUCUGACCAUCGAGCCCAAGUCCGGGACGUCCAGCCCGCAGUCCCCGGUGCAGCUGCGGCGUACGAUGGAGAACUCUCCGGCCUCCAGCUGUGACACCAGCGACACAGAGACCUGCUCCCUCCCCGUCAACAGCGCCUCCCUGCUGCGAAGGCAGUCCUCCCAGAAAGCCUCCACCGCCCGUGGCCAUGUGCUCCGGAAGGCCAAGGAAUGGGAGAUGAAAACUGGGACAUAAACAUGAAGAUCUCCAGUACCUUAUCUUAAUAUUUUUUUUAUGUGCAUAUUUAUUUUUAUUUGAAAACAACCAUUCAUAGUGUAAGGAUGUUGGAGAAGAAACAAGCAUAGCAUAGAUAUGUGGAUGCCAGGCAAAAGGACAAAGGUGAUACAUUCUAUAGCAGCAGCUGUCAAAAAGACAGAAAAAGUGCUUCUUAUUUGCUUAUUUUUUAAUAAUAGCAUUUAUUAUACAGGCAUGAUUGACCUUCGCUCCUGUUGCAGUGUCUGUUGUCCAUUCCUCUUUCACAUGUAAAGCGACUUUAGAGGGUCUGUUGCUCUGUUUGUCAUCUUGUCCAUCCUAGAAAUCUGAUUGGCUGGUUUAGACACCACAAAACGUGAAACACAAUAUUUAUUUGUAAAUGUUUUAAGUAAAUAUUAGCUUCCCUUCAAUUAUUUAUAUUGAUAUUUAAAGCUUUUUUUUGUAGUACGCAGUAUCUGGCCUCCCUGGGAAGGUGGUUCAUGUGUCUGGGUUCAUACGUUGCUGAGUUUCUAACGCUGAAGACCAGCGUUUGAUGAGUAGCGGCACUACGCUACAGAAGCCAGGCCUGUGGCAGUGCUGUGCACAAUGACUGUGCCUCAUUCAGGAUUUCAGUAGGGACCCUCUCUAAGCCUGAAGUGCUUUUCAGGGCCAGAGUCUCCCUCACAAACGGCCAGCUCUCUGGCACAAGGCCUUGCCUGUGCAGAGGGUAGGCGAGGGGUCUCUCUCAGGAACCCGCCUCCCAGGGUCCUGAGUCUUGCUGCUGGGCCCCAGAGGCUGAAGUGUAUGCUUGGCCUCCUGGACUCCUGCCUCUGAGCGGUUCCCUUCGCACGGCCUCAUCUGGGGUCGGGUCAGAACCGGCCCGUGUCCCGCGCCAGGCCCGGCCCGGCCGUGGGCGGUUUGGUCAGCGUAGCGGCCGCGUGGAGCCGGCAGGCCGCGGGAGCGGAUUCAGGCAAAAUAAGCGUAUGGUUUUACACUCGGAUCGUGCGCACCGAAGUCUUUUCAUCGUGGCACUGGCACGGCAUGUGAUCUAAGUAUACAGUGCGUGUAUUUCCAGCGUUCUUGGCACAUUCUAAACCCAUCAAUACACUGUCAAAGAUAGAAGUACUGUACAUAAGCGUGUGUAUUUUUAAACGGAAUUGGAAUAGAAAUAACGGACUGAAACGCGAUCGUGGACUGAAGUGGUUUCGCAGGGCUCCAAGACCCAGGAGCUGCUGGCAUACCUUAGGGUGCGAACAUCAAAAAAACAUCUCCAGCAUGACUGCCAUGGCAUUCGUUGCAUACUGCCUCGUGCUCCCCCUCCCCACGCUGGGCGUUCUGGUCAGAAAAAUGUUCUGGGUCUCCCCCGGCGUGCACUGUGUCUCUGGAGAGAUCCGCUCCGAUCUGGUUCCUUCCUUUUCAGUCACUCCCAGAGAUGGAAACGCAUCGACAUUACCCUCUGGGAACUGUACCCAUGGACCUUGCCACAAUGGUUUGUGUUCUUCAGAGGUAAGGGGUGUAUAACUGAUGAGGCAAACUUGUGGGACUCUUUUGUACAAGGCUACAGUCUGUUGUCCAACCCUACAAUGUCUGUCUGUGCUCAGUACUGCUUUUUACUGGGCCUGUUGUCAUGAGUGAUUUAUGGCGGUUUUGUGCAUUAUAAUCAACUCAUAUGCAGCAGUAUUAUAAAUUCUGUUCAUCGGCCCAGAGCUGUUCACGGCAAAAGACAGACACUAUGUGUAAUGAGUUAUUUACGGUGCUUUUCGUAUUGCUUGUACUGUACUUUUAUAAUCCACUAAGAUUAUAGAGAAUAUUUAGGUGCUUCCUCUCUGAAAAAAAAACAGAUUCAAACCAAUUAAUGUAUAACUGCAAGCAUUCUUUGUAAAGGAACUUGUUCCAGAUUACUGGUGUUCAGUGCAUGAAAAAUGUUUAAAAAAUGUAUACAAGGUUAUGCAUAGUAAUGCCAUAGACUGAAAUCCCUCAAAAUAUUUGUGUGUGCGUGUACAUAUUCUUUCUUACUUGCUUACUGUGUUUAUACAGAGCCCCAAGAAUCUGCAACCGAGUACAUGUCCUUUUUUGGGGAAUGGGGUUUCAUAGAGAGGGGGAAGUGGAGGUGUCUGGCCCGGAUGAACGUAGCAGCUCUGAGAAGAGCUGACCUGUUGCCGGAAUAUUCCGAAAAGCAGAGGGAGUGUAAAGCUGAGGUAACACCUGCCUGGGUCUUGGGGCUUUUUGGGUCUCACCCCUAACAGAAAGGAGAAAGAGAGAAGAGGGGGGAGUCUGUGGUGACCCUUCCAUCCUCUGAUCCAAAAAACCUCAUUUCCCAAAUAGGAGAGACAGAUAAUGCCAGAAAA